AUGACUCCUGGUUUGUUUUAUAAGGAGUGGGAGAGUCUUAUUUUCCGCUACUCUAAAAGUGACAGUAAUAUAGCCAAUGAAAUCAAAAACGCAAUAGUGUUCAGAGAAAAUCACCUACUAGACAAUAACAUUCUGUUAGCUGGCAUCUAUGUUUACCCCAUGGUUCGAUGCUUACUAACACAGGAACAGGAAAACAGAGCUAAGAAUGCUCUGUUUGAAUUGGCCAUACGAAUAAAAGGUCUGAAAAUCGAAGAACAGGCGACAACUGAUGACAUUACUCAAAUAUUGACACAUGAAUUACCAUCUUCAUCGAAGACCCCCUGUGAUUCUGAAGAAGAAUUUGAAAAAUAUCUCGACGAGCAAGACAAAAUAAAACGUCCUCGGUUGACUUCUAAUAUGAGCACAGACAGAAAAGGAAAUCUCACAAAAUUUAGAGAUGAGUUUUACCAUGUAGUGAAAAAAGUAAAUAGCAUUGACCGUUCUUCAAAUUUGGAUGUUAAAACGGCGAUACUGCACUAUCCAGACAUCAUCCAAGAUACAGCAUUGAACGUCACAGCAUUGCCACCAGCCCAAGUUUCAGUAGAGCGUUUAUUUUCCGCUCUUAAAAUUAUAAAAUCUGAUUUAAGAGCUUCCAUGAACGCUGACUUAAUAGAAUCGAUUUUUUUUCUAAGAAAAUAUUUUUAUUUAUGUUAUUUUACAGGUAUAAACAAUCAGAAAAGAACAAAUAGGAAAAAUCAAUGUGACAUAUGCAAGAAAGAAUUCGCUUCGAAGUAUAGUUUAAAAAGUCAUGAAAGAAUUCACACUGGAGAAGGGCUCUUGUCUUGUCGAUUCUGUAAUCGGAAAUUCAACUAUUCCAGCAAUUUAAAUACACACGUAAAAAUUCAUACCGGUGAGAAAUCAUUUAUGUGUGACCAUUGCAAACGAAGUUUUACACAAAAAGAACAUCUUAUUCGUCAUCUUCGAACUCACACAGGGGAGAAGCCUUUCACCUGUGACUAUUGCAAACGAAGUUUUGCACAAGGAGGUGAUCUGAUUAAGCAUCUUCGAACACACACAGGGGAGAAGCCUUUCACCUGUGACUAUUGCAAACGAAGUUUUGCACAAGGAGGUGAUCUGAUUAAGCAUCUUCGAACACACACAGGGGAGAAGCCUUUCACCUGUGACUAUUGCAAACGAAGUUUUGCACAAAGAGGUGAUCUGAUUAAUCAUCUUCGAACUCACACAGGGGAAAAACCUUUCACCUGUGACUAUUGCAAACGAAAUUUUACACGAAAAAGUACUUUGAUAAAACAUCUUCGUCUUCAUACUGGAGAGAAGCCUUUUACUUGAAAUUAUUGCUUACAAAAGUUUCGUUUUAAAAGUCGAGUCGUCAUAUUAUUAAACAACAUAAGAAUAAUAUUAAAUUAUAAAAUUUAAAUUUUUCAAUGAG